CUAUCGUGACGUGAAUGUGAGCAAGCCAUCAGAAAUUAUUGAAGUUUUUAAAUUAUAAAUCAACUUUAAUAAUUCUUAUAAUUUUAUUAAAAAAUAAAAAUCGCAUCAAUAUGCCAAAAAAAAAAACAGGACAGAGGAAGAAAGCAGAAAAAAUGAGGUUACGACAAAAAGAAAUCAGAUCUGCAAAAGAUAAUCUUGGUCUUGCCAAACAUCCUUGUAAUGCAUCAAUGGAGUGUGAUAAAUGUAAAAAAAAGCAAAAAAAUAGAGCAUUUUGUUAUUUCUGUCAGAAUUUACAACGUUUGCCUCAAUGUGCUAGUUGUGGUAAAAUAAAAUGUCUUAUGAAAUCUGGCGAUUGUGUUGUAAAACAUCCAGGCGUCUUUACUACUGGAAUGGGAUUAGUAGGAGCAAUUUGUGAUUUUUGUGAAGCUUGGGUGUGUCAUGGACGUAAAUGUUUAACGACUCAUGCUUGCAUAUGUCCUUUGCAAGAUGCUGCUUGUACUGAGUGUGAACGUGGAGUAUGGGAUCAUGGUGGAAGAAUAUUUAUGUGUUCAUAUUGUUCGGCAUUUUUAUGUGAAGACGAUCAGUUUGAACACCAAGCCUCAUGCCAAGUUUUAGAAUCAGAAAAUUAUAAAUGCCAAUCGUGUAACAAGUUAGGACAAUAUAGCUGUCUACGAUGUAAAGUUUGUUUUUGUGAUGAGCAUAUUAGGUGUAAACGUUUUAAGUAUUCAGAAAAAGACCGUAAUUAUCCAUGUCCAAAGUGUUCUUAUCCAACAGCAGAAGUCAGUGAUUUAUCAUUAUCAUCUCGAAGUCAUAAAUUUGGACGUCAAACUUAUGAAGAUGACGAAGAUGAUGAUGAUUCAUAUUCCUAUGCUGGUGGUUCAGGGACAUACCAGGGUUAUACAUACAAUGAAGUUGAAUACAGUGAUGACGAUGAUGAUAAUGACGACGAUGAUUAUUCAUAUGAUGAUGAAGAUGAAGAUGAUGAUGAUGAUGAUGAUGAUGAUGAUGAUAACAAUAAUGAUGAUGAAAAAGAAAAAGUUAAAAAUAAAAAAUAACUUUAUUAUUUAUAACCUUUCAAUUAAGAAAUAUAAUUUUUCUUUUUGUUUUUU